AAAAAUUUGUCUAUAUUGAAAUUACGAAACCAAAAUGCGUUAUCAGACUUCGAUCGGAAAUCGAAUUGAAGAUAUUUCGCGACUUAACGUUGCUAAAAUUGCUAAUUUCAGACUAUCCUAAAUACUCUCGGGCCUCGUUUAUUCUCGAAUGAUUUAUCAGACGUGAGAAAUUGCUUAAAAAGUAUAAAAUGCAAAUGAAUUAUCAAUUUUUACGAUUACUUUUUGAUAUACAUCGUCUACCCGAUCUAUAUAUUUUCUAAACGUCAGGAUAUUCCCCGUGGAAAUGCAUCGUUGUUCUGUAACCUCAACUAACAAGAUCGAAAGAGUUUUAUAUACAUAGUUAUUAAUGUUUAGCAAACAAUGAUCAAGCAAAGAAAAAUGGGAAAACGUGCUGUUAUAUCUUGCGUGGGAGCGAUCAUAGAGAAAAAUAAAAAAUCUCGUGUCGGUCGAAUGGUAUGCAACCUGUGCGAUCAUUAUAUCAUGGGAAAUCCAUUAUACGUCAUCAUGCUGGGUAUUAUUGGGACCGUGAUAACAACAUUUGAUGUCAUACGUACAAUGAAUUGCAAAGUACCAGUUAGAUGUCCAUCGCGUCCUAAAAGAGAAAACUUGGCACCUUGGGACGUGGAAAGAGACUUGAAAUUAAUGACUUCUAUCCUUGGAAUAGAGCACUAUACAUUGAUAAUGCUAGGUGCUAUUACAGAAUACCCGAUGCUAUACACUCCCUGGCUGCUGAUGCAGUUAUGCGUUAUUAUCGUAGAGAUUAUAGUAUUUUUUGUGAGACUCUUUUUAGACGGUUUACACGUAAAACGCGACGAGAUCUUGCCAGCUAUAUUAAUGGUCCAUAACUGGUUGCAAGUGUUUUGCCUGUUCCAUCGACAAGCACGAAAUUCUAUUCAAUGAAAUAAACAGAAUGAAAAUGUUUUUCAAAAGCAAAAUCAAACUUUACGAUUUAUCUUCCUAUUUAUAAAAAAAUAUAUAUAUAUAUUUUAUUCCCUUAUGCGUUAUGCCUUUCGUAAUAAAGCCAUUGAAAAUAAUCUUGUAAAUGAAAUAUCGAUAAACGACAAAUCCCUUCCGUUAAC